AUGGAGGACUUCCCAUCCAAGGUAACCACAGAGACCAGUACUUCCAAUGCCCAGAGCUCACAGCAGGGGGGCAACAGUCUGAGAGGGCUGGCUGCCCAGGUCAGCUCUGGCAUGGACAUGUCCUUUGUGAGGAGCAUCCCAGCAAUCCUUAUGGUCGCUGAAAUUGUACUGGGCCUGCUGCACUGGUCCCUGAUCGCCAGUACUCACCAUGCAGUGUUGGCUGCGUACGGUUGGGUCAUGUUUGUGGCUGUCACUUCAUGGCUCUUCACUAUUAUAUUAUUCUUCCUCAUUUUGUACGGAGUGCAGAGAAAACUCCCAUCUGUACCCUGGACUCUUGUGGUGAUGGUGUAUUAUGGUGUGGUCACUGUGCUCUAUCUGACAGCUUUCUUCACAAAUGCAGCAUCUGUCUACAACAACCUUUACUAUGGACAUUUUGCAGCCGCAGCGUUUUUUGCAGUGGUGGUGACUAUCUUAUACGGUGCCUCUGCUUUCUUUGCCUAUUUGGACUGGAGGGGCGACGGAGGGAACGCAGCCACCAACACCGUGCCCACAUGA